AUGUCCAGUCCCAUCUCUCAGUCCGUUCUCAAAUCUUUCAAAUUCCCCCCAGUGGGUAGAGAUAGGAGAUUUCGCACGGUUAUCGGCCCCUAUCUAAAUAAAUAUGCACCCAAUGCGAAAGAGUAUUAUCCAGUGAGCGAGCCCCCGCCGGGGACACCUUUACCAGCGGAUAAGCAUCCAGAAAACAAGGACUUGCCAAAACUGUUUCAACCAUUGACUAUCAGGGGUGUGACGUUCAAGAACCGACUUUGGGUGUCUCCUAUGUGUCAGUACAGUUCCAUCGAUGGUCUUAUGACUGAUUGGCACCUCGUUCACCUUGGAAGCUUCGCCAUCCACGGCGCCGGGUCGAUAUGCGUCGAGGCCACAGCCGUGGUGCCAGAAGGCCGCACAACUCCAGUGGAUAACGGCAUAUGGUCGGACAAACACAUUCCCCAACUCAAACGCGUCACCGAUUUUGUCCACGCUCAGGGGACGACUAUUGGGAUCCAGCUAGCCCACGCAGGACGUAAGGCCAGCACUCGAGCGCCUUGGGCUCAGAAAAGUUCAGGCGGAGGCAACAGCAUGUUUGGGAGCUCCGUUGCAACUCCUGAAGAAGGUGGAUGGCCAGAGAAUGUCGUUGCCCCUUCUGCCAUUCGGUAUAAAGAUGCGUACCCUAAGCCAAAAGCUCUGACUGAGCGGCAGAUUAACAAUAUUGAAGACGCCUUCACCGCGGCCGCUCGUCGUGCAAAGCAGGCCGGUUUUGACUUUGUUGAGAUCCACGGAGCUCACGGGUACCUCAUCAACGAGUUUCUAUCCCCUCUCUCAAAUGUUCGUACCGACGAAUACGGCGGCUCUUUCGAGAACCGCGUUCGAAUCGCUCUCGACAUCGCCAAGCGAGUCCGUGCCGAGGUCGGCGAGUCUUACCCCGUUUUCUACCGUAUCUCCGGGAAUGAUUGGGCCGAGGGCCCUGAGAGGGACGAAUCCUCCGGAGAAUGGAGACAAUGGGGCGUCGAGCAAACUUCCCAACUCGUGAGGCUGUUAAAGGAUGAAUCUGGCGUGGAUCUCGCACACAUCAGCUCUGGUGGCUUAUGGGCACAGCAACGGAUGACGGUUGCACCAGGUUUUCAAGUUCCGUUGGCGGAGUCUGUCAAGAAGCAUAAUCCUGAUGUGUUAAUCGGUUCUGUUGGGAUGAUUACUGAUGGGAAGCAGGCUGAGGGGAUCCUGCAGAAGGGUCAAGCAGACGUAAUCCGAGCUGCUCGUGAGUUUCUGCGCAACACGGAUUUCGCAUUACACUCCGCGAUGCAGCUUGGAGUGGCCGUCAAGCCGGUGAAUCAGUACGAGCUUGCUUGGGUCGGGAUGAUGCACCAAAAAAAGCUUCUAAGCGGUGACAAAGGCGUACCUCCGGCGUUGAGUCACGGAUAG